GUUCUUGUACCAUUUUAAACGUUCUUGUUUAAUAUUGAGUAUAGUAUACUCAGGAAAAGUGAAAAGGAUAAUUUCAAAUGUGUUUAUUCAGAGUUCUUGAGCUUGUCGAUGGAUACAAUAGCACCGUGUUUGGCUUCUCAGAGUGUUUUGCUACAGAUGGCCGAGUCAGGUCAAGUAGAUGUUAUAUUGGAUUAUCUUAAAAGGAACAAAUUUACUAAAGCCGAGGCUGCUUUACUGACCGAACUAGGUAGCAGACCCGAUUUAAAUGGGAUUCUUCAAAAGCUUACUCUGGAUGAUAAGGGUACAGGUAAUAAGCCCAAUGUAGAAGUAAAUGGGAAUAUUAUAGCUGAAGACAAUAAAAAGAUAAGAAGCACCGGGUCCACGGAGGAAAAUCUGCAAGACACGUCAUCGUCAAGUGCUGCUGAGUCAUCUAAGGAGCUAAUAGUGAAAGAGGUAGAGUGCGGUACGGGUGAUAAGAACUUCACCUUCUCCAAGAGUUCGGAUGAUAAAGUGCUCGAUUCGAGUUCAUGGAAAUAUAGUACGAGUAACGGGUCAAUGGCUUUUAACCACAACGAUGAAAGUAAUUUUCUGAGAUUCCAGGUCUCCCGGAAAGCAAAGUUAAUUGCAACCGAGACUCCUGGUAGUGGUCAGGUUAAUCUUAAACAGGAGGCUAGUGUUUCUGGUGAAAAUAAAACGAAUUGGCCUGGGACUGUUAGUAAUGCCGGUGUGGAGCUGAAGCUUGAUAAGGGAGUCAAUUUACAGAAGAACCCGAGCAGCAUGAGUUCUAAGGAUGAGCUCUGGAAAGAUUGUUCUGUUAAAACUAUUUUCCCCUUCUCCAGGGAAGACACUUCUACCAGUUGUGAUAGUGCUGCUGCUGUUGUCAAUAAAAAAGAUGGGAAAAAGAAAGCGGAAUUCAAUGAGAUUAGGGCAGCAAUAAAGGAGCAAGUGGAUGAGGUCGGGAGAGCUCUUUUAUUUGGUAAGACUCAGUCAGGUGAGCCGAAGGAUUUUGGCGCGUUGGAUUUUCACCAUGCAACUGAGAACCAGAAAGAAGAGCUGCCAAGACUGCCACCUGUCAGGCUUAAGUCAGAAGACAAGUCCUUUAAUAUUCACCGGGAGGAAAAAUAUGAGCGUGAUGGACCUGGUCCAAAGAUCUUAAAUGCUGACAACUCGUAUCUUAUUGGGUCGUUUCUGGAUGUACCUAUUGGUCAAGAAAUCACUCCAUCAGGGAAAAGACUAGGAGGAGGCAGCUGGCUCUCAGUAAGUCAGGGUAUUGCCGAGGAUACUUCUGAUCUGGUUUCUGGUUUUGCAACUAUAGGUGAUGGCAUGAGUGAAUCCAUUGAUUACCCUAACGAGUACUGGGAUUCGGACGAGUACGAAGAUGACGAUGAUGUCGGCUACAUGAGGCAACCUAUCGAAGACGAGACCUGGUUUCUGGCCCACGAAGUCGAUUAUCCAAGUGACAACGAGAAGGGGACUGUGCAGGGGAGUGUUCCGGAAAGAGGACAGAGCAAAAACGAUGAAGACGAUCAGUCGUUCGCGGAAGAGGAUUCUUACCUGUCGGGCGAACGGUAUUUGCAGUCGAAAAAUGUGGACACCGUUGUGCCUUCAGAUGAUGAUCCCAGUUCUAUUAACGAAGUCUACAGCAGAAAAAACGAGAACAAUUUGACGAUGGACAGAUAUGACGGGCAGCUGAUGGAUGAGGAGGAGCUGAAUUUGAUUCGUGCGGAGCCCGUCUGGCAGGGCUUUGUGACUCAGUCUAACGAACUCAUAUUGCUCGAGGAUGGGAAAAAUACGGCCGAACGCAGGAGGCCACAUCCAGAUGAUUUUUGCACAGACGAUAAUCAGCAUGGUUCGGUUAGAUCCAUUGGGGUCGGGAUCAACAAUGAUCGGGAAAGUCUGGUCGGAGGUAGCAGUGAUGGCGACAGAGAGUACUUUCACGAUCACGACUUGGACAGGACGACCAAGAGAGAUGGUAACAGGACAAAGAGACUUAAUUCUGAUAAGUAUGUUAUGAGUAGUGAGAAGGGUGAAAUGUGUAGUCACUUGAAGAGUCAUAUUGAUGGAGGGUUUUCAUUUCCUCCGCCUAGAAAUGGGCGAUUGGCGCAAACGAGCUCAAAUAAAUCUCUGUGGUCGAAUCAGGCAAACACCGGCUUCAGUGAGGAAGCUGAUGAUUGUGGCGUGUCGAAUGAUGACACGCUCGCAUCAUGGAGGCGCAAAAGCAAUGAGUCCUCGCCGGUUAGGAGCUCGAGGGAUGAGGACAAUGCAAAUGAUGGGGAGUCGGCAAAUUCCAGUCCCUCGUCCCUUUCAAAUUAUGGGUACAUUGAUAGGGAGGAGCAUGUAAAGAAAGAAGGUGAUGUGAAAACCGGGGAAGUGAGAGAAGAGGAUCCUGUGGCGUCGUUGGAGGAUGAGGAAGCAGCUGCCGUGCAAGAGCAAGUGAAGCAGAUUAAGGCUCAGGAGGAUGAGUUUGAGACCUUUGAGCUGAAGAUUGUCCACAGGAAAAACAGGCAUGUAUCUUUUUAUCUGCUCUUCUUUCAUUUGCCCAAUUUUUGUGGGACUGGCUUUGAGGAGGACAAGAAUUUUCACGUUGUUUUAAACUCGGUCAUUGCUGGCCGCUAUCAUGUGACCGAGUAUCUUGGGUCAGCUGCUUUUAGCAAGGCUAUUCAGGCUCAUGACUUGCACACUGGCAUGGAUGUCUGUGUAAAGAUUAUAAAGAACAACAAGGAUUUUUUUGAUCAGAGCCUUGACGAAAUAAAGCUGCUCAAGUAUGUGAACAAACACGAUCCUGCUGACAAGUACCACCUUCUUCGGCUGUAUGAUUACUUCUAUUACCGAGAGCAUUUAUUGAUUGUAUGUGAAUUGCUCAAAGCAAACCUAUACGAAUUCCAUAAAUUCAAUAGAGAAUCUGGGGGAGAGGUCUACUUCACGAUGCCUAGACUACAGUCAAUCACGAUUCAAUGCUUGGAAGCCCUUCAAUUCUUGCACAGCCUUGGGCUUAUACAUUGUGAUCUGAAGCCAGAGAAUAUAUUGGUGAAAAGUUACAGUAGAUGUGAGGUGAAGGUUAUUGAUCUGGGAAGCAGUUGCUUUGAGACAGAUCAUCUUUGUUCGUACGUUCAGUCUCGAUCAUACCGUGCUCCUGAGGUUAUAUUAGGACUUCCAUAUGACAAAAAGAUUGAUAUUUGGUCCCUCGGUUGCAUAUUGGCCGAACUUUGCACAGGCAAUGUGCUCUUUCAAAAUGAUUCUCCAGCCACUUUACUUGCUCGGGUUAUUGGAAUAAUAGGCUCAAUCGAGCUGGACAUGCUGGCGAAAGGAAGGGAUACAUACAAAUAUUUCACCAAAAAUCACAUGCUUUAUGAAAGGAACCAGGAAUCAAACAGGCUUGAGUACUUGAUACCUAAAAAGUCCUCCCUUAGACAUCGUCUACCAAUGGGAGACCAAGGUUUCAUUGACUUUGUCGCUUAUCUGCUGGAAGUCAACCCAAAGAGAAGGCCCUCAGCUUCAGAGGCUUUAAAACAUCCGUGGUUACAAUAUCCUUACGAACCAAUAUCAUCCUGAAUACAUCCCAACGAUUUCUCGAUAAUUUUUUCAAAACUCGAGAGCUACCCUUUUGGUCAGGGAAGAUUUCAUUGAGCUCUGACCUCUGCCCUUUAACUUGCGAGUUGAUUUUCCAACGGGUUUGUAGCUUUUCAAGUGCCUGCUGAAAAAAACAGACAAUGACUGGUGAUUGGAACUUUUGUCUUCAACCCUCUGCCAAGUUGUAAUUUUUGUUAUCACGAAUGGGAUGUAAUCGUGCCAGCAAUAUGUAUCUGUAGGAUUUUCUCUUUGUUUUUGUUUUUUCAUUGAAGUUGGUUUUGGUGGGAAGAAAGCCUCCACUCUUGUUGUUCAUGAUGGUGUGAUUAUUCUUUUUAGGUUACUUAGUUAUAACAGGUUGUGCAGAUUAGUUGCUUAUCUAGUUUUGAUUUGCUUGGGACUAUUAUUUGAACUGUAUUGACUCAACCACUGAUUCUGUCUUCUUUGAACCAGUUCAUCAUGCACAGUCCAGUUUGCUUGGAGAUUUUGGACGGAAG